AUGAAUCUUGCAGGAGGUUUUCCAUUUGGCUUUAACCCAGAAGAAGAAACAAAAAGGAGCUUGCCUAAAAAGCAGUUUGCAAAUGCUCAAUGCCCUCAAUGCAAAACACCUCAGCCAACUCAAGUCUUGACAGAGGAGUUUAAAGCACAAAACCUUGUAUGUAUAAACUGCAGAAAAGGGUUUUGUUCGUUUUGUAAUGGAAAAAAGCACUGAAUUGGAGAAUGCACUGAGGCUGUCGAAGCAAGAAGAAGCUCUCAAGUGCCAAGAAAUAAGUAA